CCUCUGGACUCGCGAUGGGAACGAAACGUCCGAAACCCGAAGUGGCAGAGGAAGGGACAACGAAGGACCCGUCCGUUCCGCCGGGUUUCGCGUCUCUCACCUCCUUCAUUCUCAAGAGAGUCGAAGAGGCGAAUGCUGAGCCUGCCGUCGCAGACUUCUCCGUCGAUCGCAGGCCUUGGGUGCUUCACCGCGAAAGCGGAGCCGGUUACAGCGCAUCAGAUUCCGACUCGGCAAAGCGCGAUGCGGAUGCGGUACAAGCGGGAGGGAAUUCUGAAAAUGCAAUAACUUGUAUCCUUGAGGAUACUCCUGUUUUUCAACCAACUGAUAAGGAAUUCGGUGACCCCCUUGAGUACCUGACAAGCUUACGCCAGAGAGCAGAAGCGUAUGGCAUCUGUCGUGUUGUUCCUCCCCCCUCUUGGAAGCCUUCGUGCCAAUUAACUGAGGAAAACAUAUGGGGAAGUGCAACAUUCAGGACUCAAAUGCAACGAAUUGAUUUGCUAAAUACCUGUUUGCUAAGGGAAACAAUUAAAUGUAAUGGAAGUGCAGACUGUAAAAACCAAAAUAUCUUGACAUUGGCCUCUGAUGAUGGGGUCCAGAAAAAAUGCAACUUUUACCUUUGUGAAGAUGGGUGCCUUGGUCUUGAAGGCAUUCACUGGGAACGUGGUCCAGAAUAUACUCUUGAAACCUUCAAGAAAUAUGCCGAUGAUUUUCAGGAAAACUAUUUCUUGAAAAAAGAUUAUAAUGUGAAGUCAGAUGAUAGUGUGCAGAAUAUUGAGCGUGAAUAUAGACGGAUCUGUGAGAAUCCUACUGAUGAAAUUGAGGUGUUAUGCAGCGAUGAUUUGGAUUCUAGAACUUUUGGCAGUGGAUUCUCUUCUACAUUUAAUUCAGGGUGGAAUCUGAAUGAUUUACCAAGGCUCUCUGGUUCACUUCUUUCUUUCGAGAGCUUCAGUACAUGUAGUAUUUUGGCACCUAAGCUACAUGUGGGUAUGUGCUUUGCAACACGUCUCUGGAAUUGUGAAGCACACUGCUUAUAUUCGGUAUGCUAUUCGCAUAUUGGUGCUCGCACAAUUUGGUACUGCAUCCCGGGCAGAUAUCGUGUUAAGUUUGAAGCUGUCGUUGAGAAGUAUCGGCAUGAGUUGAACAUGUUUUCUCAUUUAUCCCCAUCAACGCUGAAAAGCCAGGGUAUACCUGUCUACCGUUGUGUUCAGAAUCCAGGAGAGUUUGUUGUUAUUUUUCCGGGGGCAUAUAAAUCAGGAUUUGCCUGUGGAUUUAACUGUGUGGAAUUCGUUAAUGUUGCUCCCUUUGAUUGGUUAUCUCAUGGACAGAAUGUUGUUGAACUUUAUCAUGAGAAAAGGAGAAAGACAAUGAUUUCCCAUGAUAAACUGUUGCUUGGAGGAGCUAGGGAAGCUUUGAGGGCACAAUGGGAGCUUUUACUGUUGAAAAAGGAGACUGCAGAUAACUUGAGGUGGAAACAUGCAUGUGGAAAAGAUGGGAUCCUUGUCAAAGCACUCAAGUCACGAAUUAAAUGGGAGAGUCUAAGGAGACAAUAUCUUUGCAACUCUUCACAGUCAAAGAAAAUGGGCCAGAACUUUGAUGCUUCUAGUAAGAGAGAAUGCAGCAUAUGUCACUUCGAUUUGCAUCUUUCUGCAGUUUUCUGCAAAUGUUCGAGGGACAAAUAUUCAUGUCUAGAUCAUGCUACACAAAUUUGCUCUUGUGCUUGGACCGAUAAAGUUUUCCUGUUCCGCUAUGAAGUUAGUGAGCUGAACCUCCUUGUUGAAGCUUUGGAAGGGAAUCUCAGUGCCGUGUACGAAUGGGCCAAAGUUUUUGGGCUUGAUUUUAAGUCUUCCACUGAAGAUCUACCGGCGAAUUCUGUUCUUGCAAGCAAGUCCACCUCAGAUGCUGAACCAACUGAUUCGGGACAAAAGGUUAGCACAAGUGCAAGCAUCACCUCUGGAGCUCACAUCAAGGCUGAACUGAAGGAACGUUUGAUUAAAAAUAUGUCUUCUGAUGGAUUGAGGGGUGAAGUAAACAAUGAUCCUGGGAAAGCAGAAAGCUCAUCGCAUUCUCACAGACAUAUUAUCGGUGUUCUAUCUGAAAGUGCAUCAGUCUCCUCAGACUCUGAAGUGGAGAUAACUAAUUUUGUAUCCCAUUCUGUGGUAAAAGCUGCAGAAUCAAAUAAUGAGAUGGCAUCCACCAAACAAAGCAUUGUUGACAGUCCCACUUCAACUGUGAAGAAAUCACCUUCUUUUGGCAGACCAGCACAUGGGAAAUUAAUGGCAAAGGAUGCUAAAUCUUGUUCACCACCCAAUGUCAUUGUGCUAAGUGAUGAUGACAAUGACUAACACAUCUUUGGUAGAUCAUGCCAAACGAAGUCUAGUAAGAAAUGUUUCUGCUAAUCUUGUUUAUAGUCAGCGACUAAGUACGAAUCUGUAAUUAUAGAAUGCUCAAGGCUUUUUGUUCUGAAGUUUUUUAUUUUCACCCCAUAAUCCCUGAAGAAUGCUUAUGCCUUACAUUUUUCUUCGUUUGUCUGGAAUACUCAUGCUUUAUAAUCCCACAUUUAAUUGUGUAUUC